ACCGGAAGUGAAACUGGCUCCAACGUUAGCUUCGUCGGUGUCGCCGUCUCGUCGCUUUCGGGUUUGACAGCAUAAGCAGAAACCUUAUUCCGCGUCCAGCCACAGGUUAUUGUUUCCCCGGUGGUUACUGGAGAGAUGAACAACGCAGGGAAUAAGAGAGCUCCAACUACAGCCACUCAGCGACUUAAGCAGGAUUACCUUAGGAUAAAGAAAGACCCAGUGCCUUACAUCUGUGCAGAACCUUUACCCUCCAACAUCCUAGAAUGGCACUAUGUAGUUAGAGGACCUGAGAAAACGCCAUAUGAAGGGGGAUAUUAUCAUGGAAAACUCAUAUUUCCUCGCGAAUUUCCCUUUAAACCUCCGAGUAUCUACAUGAUAACACCAAAUGGGAGAUUCAAGUGCAAUACAAGGUUAUGUUUGUCCAUCACAGACUUCCAUCCAGAUACAUGGAACCCGGCUUGGUCUGUGUCCACGAUCCUAACGGGUUUGCUCAGCUUCAUGGUGGAGAAAGGACCAACCCUCGGAAGUAUUGAGACUUCAGACUACACAAAAAGACAGCUCUCAGCCCAAAGUCUGGCCUUCAACCUCAAAGACAAAGUGUUCUGUGAGCUGUUUCCUGAUGUUGUCAGUGAGAUAAAACAAAAACAGAAGGUCCAGGAAGAGUUAAGUGCCCGCUCUCAGCCCCUCCCCCUACCUGAUGUGGUACCUGACGGUGACCCUCAGCACGCCCAUUAUGGCAUGCCAGCACUUAAUGGAGGACCAGCCCCAGUUGGGGGGGCCAACCCUGCUCCUGGCCUGCAGCAGGCCAAUCGCAACCAUGGACUUCUAGGUGGUGCUUUAGCCAACCUGUUCGUCAUUGUAGGCUUUGCAGCAUUCGCCUACACAGUCAAGUACGUUUUGCGGAGCAUAGCCCAGGAGUGAGAGGUGGAUCGCCCCCCCCCCCCCCCUUCUUCAGACGAGCCACUUAAUGGAGUCUAAACUUUACAAAGAAACUACAUGGGGGAAGGAUGUUCAGUCCCGGGUUAAAUCCCUCCACAGCCACCACAACGACCUUCCCCACUAUGGACUUUGGAAGACAUAAACUCAAAGCCCACCCACCCAAGAAAGACUCAGAGCAGGAGUUGGGGAAGUGGAAGGGAGUCGGUGUCAUCAGGGUGUUGGCGGGAUUUAUUAAAGUGGUUGUGAUCAGUGUGCUUCAGUGGUUUAUAUCAGUCCCAGGAACUAACUUGGCUCAUGGGUUGUGGAAAAAGUGUUGAACGCCCCUCUGUCAGAUCUUGCCACUCAUCAGCCAUCUUGAAAACACACUUGGAGGUUUAACAAAGACAGGUCCCUCUUUGACAGAAAAAAGCUGAGAACCACACUUGCAGUUUUAAUGGUACAUGGGGGAAAAACACACAAAAAAAGCCAUAUAAUUGUUAGUCAAACCAGAUUAAAAAAAUAGGCUUUUGAAUUUUGGUGAAUUUGCCCUAAAAUAAGGUUUAAAAAGCUUUAUCUUCUCUAUUGUACUUCUGCUAAGAAAGGGCAAGUUGUAACUUGUCCAGAAUGAACAUUUAUAAAGUGGUCACUACCAAAAGUGCAGCAACGUCACCCUGUACCUAAAAACAAUGUUUCUGACUGUAGUCCACCUGCCACCUCAGUCACAACUGCUGAGAACAUGCCAUGUAUGAACUGUUGUGUCUAGCGUUUAGAAACUCACGUAAAUGUCUGUUUGGAAUUUUUAAAUUUCAGGUCUUUAUAAUUGGAAACUUUCAAUUAAGCCAGUGAAAUUCUUCUGCAAGGAGUUUAUCCUGAAAUACUGUGGAAAUGACGUCACUAAGACCUAAGUUCCCCCACAGUGACAGAAGGUUGUGCUGUUUCAAACGCUUCUUUGAAGCUCUUCCAUCUCUUAUCAUUUAAUCUUGGGCUCUUUAGUUAUACAUAUCACUCAUCAGGAAAUGUAUUCACCUAUAUUUUGAGGUUUUUUUUUAUUUUUUAGAGCAAGAAAAAGGCUUUGAUUGCAUCAGGUUUCAUUUGACUGCAACUGUAGAUCAAGAGGUUUUGAUUUUUCUUUUUUGUUUUUUUUUCCUCUCCCAAGUGAUAUUUUUCCAGCUUUUCUUAAUCAUAUGUACAGCAGGCAGAAAUGAUAGCCUUCUGAAACCUGAAGGACCUCUUCAACAGUGUGUAAAAAAUGUAUGUUGCACCAGUCAGAUUGUUUUGAUUGAUUUAAAAAAAUAAUAAAGUUUUCAAGAAUUUCAAGAAGGCAGUGAACUGAAAGUGAUCAAAAGCAAAAGCAAGGCAUGUAUAUAAAGAUUAAAAUCAAGACAGCGAUGUGGCAAAACAGGGCCUUGUGCUUUCAUGCUCUAUAAAACAGCAUAAAUACAGCGGUGGCACGCAUCCUUGACAGAGAUACAGCUACAUCUGUCAAAGCCUGAUGAGUCCUGAUGUUCUCUCCAGUCAACCCAUGAGCCAAACCGUGUCUGCACAGUGGAGAACUGAGACCAGUACCUUUCCAAAUUGGCUUAGUUGACCAGAAUAGCCCCAGUCCGUCUAGAUCCAAAUGAGACACGUGAAGAGAGCCAUCAUUUUUAUUUCUGUACAUUAGAUUUUGAUAUUUUUUUUUUCUUUUGCAUUUUGGUUCUCAUUAUUUAUAUAAAUGACUGGCUGGGCUAGUGUUUCUCAAGCAGCGUAGUGCAGACCAACACAGGCAGUGGCCCUGACUCGCGUUAAUUGCUGAUAAUUUACUAUUGUGCAUUAAAUUUAGGAGAAGUGGUUCUACUGUGUAUGUAAUGUUUCAGCUGAGAAAUUGCCUGAAAGCAUAAGAUUCCCAUGUCUGUUGCUCCUUCUUUCUUUGUCUUGGUACCAUCUCAAGAGGGAAAAAACCAUCAAAGACCAAAUUGAUUCCAAGGGGAGUGCAUUUGUGUAGUUAUUACAGCAGAUGCCCAAAAUUCAGUGCUUCAAAUAAUCUCGUGUGACAUUGUAUCUUUUCAUAUUAAAUGCAAAUAAAUUACCCUGCUUGGCAGGGCAUUUAAUAAAUCUGUGAAUGAGUUGGCUGAAAUGGUUGUGGACAGUACUCGAGUUGAGGGGGGAUGAGGGGGGACGGCAUCCCCCCUGAAAUAAAAACGGUCC